CGAUCAAUGGCUUCUACUCAAAGUUCAUACGCAGGUUUAGGUGAAGGGCAAUCCACCACGAGGCCUACAUUGUUUGACGGAACAAACUACACCUAUUGGAAGGAGCGGAUGAGGAUUUACAUCCAAUCCACCAACUUUCUCCUUUGGAGAAUUAUCAAAAAUGGUGAGAACGUGCCAAUGAAGAAGGUCGAGGAAACCAACGUCCCCAAGACCGAGGAUGAAUAUGAUGCACAAGACAUCAAGAAGGUGGAAAACAAUGCCAAGGCCAUCAACAUCAUCUAUUGUGCCGUUAACCCGAAUGACUACCGGAAGAUUUCUUGUUGCACCACCGCAAAGGAAAUGUGGGACAAACUAGAAAUCACCUGCGAAGGUGAACAAAAGAAGAAGGGGAUUGCACUCAAGGCUACCUCAAGCCAAGAACCUGCCAUGGAGGAAUCAAGCGAUGAGGACAACGAGUUCGGGCUCGUCAUCAAAAAGUUCCACAAGUUCAUGCGAAAAGAGUAUGAACGAAAGGGCAAAAAGCAUGGAGGACCACCCAAGUGCUGUGGGUGUGGAGAAGUUGGGCACAUCAAGCCAAAAUGCCCAAAUGCCAAAAACGAGAAGGAGAAGAAACCGUUCAAGAAGCACCGAGCUUACAUUUCAUGGGGAGGUGAUUCUGGCGAUGAGCCAUCGGAAGGCGAAGAGAAUGAAAGCGCCAACCUUUGCCUCAUGGCACACGAGGAACCACCGGAAGAGAUCAUGGCCGGAAGAACAUUUCAACCCGGAGUUGCCGAAGGACAAUCCACGACAAGGCCACCACUUUUCGACGGAACAAAUUAUGCUUAUUGGAAAGAGAGGAUGAGAAUAUUCAUCCAAUCAAAUGAUUAUGAUUCUUGGAUGGUGAUCAAGCAUGGAGAGACGGUUCCCACGAAGAUUGUUGACGGGGUUCUUGUUCCAAAGUUAGAGACUAAAUAUACCUCAAAUGACAAGAAGAAGAUGCAACUAAAUGCAAGGGCCAUCAACUUUCUAUAUUGUUCCGUGAACCCGGAUGACUAUCGGAAAAUCUCAAGGUGCAAGACGGCCAAUGAGAUGUGGAACAAAUUAGAGGUCACAUAUGAAGGAACAAGUCAAGUGAAGAACUCAAAGAUCGACUUACUCACCCAUGAGUAUGAGCUUUUCAUGAUAAUGGAAAAUGAAACAAUAGAUGGCAUGUUCAAGAGAUUUUCAACUAUCGUCUCAAAUUUGGAUACACUUGGAAAGCAUUAUGAGGAUCAUGUUCUCCCUCGCCGCCGGAAGCCCGCCGCCCAGCCAAUCAUCGCUGCCCAGCCGGUCGCGCAAGCCAGACCGCCGUCGCUCCCCGCCGUGAGCCAGCGCCGGACGCCGCUGUCUCGCCCUCGCCGGAAACGAGCGCCGCCGAGUUGCAGCGUCGCCCGAACCUCCAGCCGCCGUCGCCGGAAGCCAGUCGCUGCCCAUCCUUCGCCGGAAGUCCGUCGCCUCCACUGCCGGCAUCCUUCCCCGCCGUCGAGCUGCCGCUCCGCCACUGUCGCCGGCGUCCGUCACCGUCGCCGCAUCCGGCCGCUGCCCCGAGUUGAUAUCGCCGGCAGAUUAACCUCCACGCCGGAUUGAUUGGUCAAUUUCGUAUUUUGACUCGAUUUGACCCGUUCGGUUGAUUUCGUUGAUUUGUCUUCCGUUCGAGCUAUCGAUUCGAUUUCGGCGUAAUCCAGGUCCGUACUAUGAAGUUAAUAGCAUUCAGAAUAGAUUUAAUGGUUUGGA